ACGCAGAAGCGGCAGCGCAGGGGAGAAAGCCAAGCCAAGCCAAGCUAGCCAUCAAGGUCUCGGAGGCGAAGCGAGAGAGGAGGAGGAGAGGCGGCGAGCGAUGGGCGUGAGCAUCGCGCAGGCGGUGGCGGCGCUGAUGGGGACGUGCGCGAGGCGGCUCUCGCGGGCGGCGAGGCGGCUGCACCUGCGGCCGCGGGCGGGGACGAUUGCGGCGUCCUUCUCGUCGCGCGCCAUCGUGCCGUUCCUCGGCGGCGGCGGAGGCGGCGGCAAGAAGGCGAUCUCGUCGUCGUCGAAGUCGAAGAGGAGGAAGGGGAGAGGGGAGCUGAGCUUCCGCGCGGAGGACGGGGUGUGGAGGAAGGAGAUACUGAUGGGGGAGCGGUGCCAGCCGCUGGACUUCUCCGGGGUGAUCUACUACGACGCCGAGGGACGGCGCCUCGCGCAGCCGCCGCCGCCGCGCUCGCCGCUGCGCAGCCCGCUGCCGUCGUCCGCCAAGCUCGCAGCCAACGCCGGCGGCGGUGGCUACUAGCUAGCCGGAGACACACACGUCACACCCGCCCUUGCAGGCUUGCAGCUGCAGCGCAUCGAUCUCUGAACUUUUGGAGCUCGCCGCCUUCCUCUUGCUUUCUUGCUGCUUUAAUUUUACUCUCUUCGACGUAGCAAUAGGUCUCUGCUUCUGAUCUUGCUUUUAUCCUUCCUUUGGUGUGUAGUGACUAGUGAUCACUGAUAAGUGCCAUGUAAAAGAGUUCUAUGAAAGCUUCAGCUUGAUGUUCUUCAGAAAAUGGAGCUUGUUUUGCAGACAUCA